GAUGGAUUGUGGAAGACCCAUUUCCAAAUUGAAGGCUGGAAGUCAAGUAAGCGGAACUUCCUUUUACUCCUCCAUUACAGAAAGCAAAGAAGCAGAUUUUAGACGGAGGUUUCCGGAGCCUGGCUCGGGCCCCACGGAUUCCGCCUUUUCUCAUACUUUUCUGGAAAUUAGGCUCUUCCUAUCAUGCGUGUUGAGUUUGUUUGUUAGAUAGAUCUGAAACUUCUCUUCGGGGCGGCCUGGUUAUAGAUGGGUUCCAAGCCAUGGCUGCACCCGGCUCCGUCUUAUCGAGCACUUGAGACAUAUUGGGACACCGACGACGACGCGCCUGGACCUCGAUGCGGCCACACCCUCACUGCCGUUGCUGCCACUAAAUCCUUUGGCCCCCGUCUCAUUCUCUUUGGUGGCGCCACUGCCAUCGAGGGUGGAGCCUCCUCUGCUGCUCCCGGAAUCAGGUUGGCGGGUGUGACCAAUUCAGUGCACUCGUAUGACGUUCUCACUAGGAAAUGGACCAGAAUCAGACCUGCUGGUGAGCCACCAUCACCAAGGGCUGCACAUGCUGCAGCCGCAGUGGGUACCAUGGUUGUUUUCCAGGGUGGCAUUGGUCCGGCUGGGCAUUCCACAGAUGAUCUCUAUGUGCUUGAUUUAACAAAUGAUAAAUUCAAGUGGCACAGGGUGGUGGUACAAGGACAGGGACCUGGACCUCGCUAUGGCCAUGUGAUGGACUUGGUUGCUCAAAGGUAUCUGGUUACUGUGAGUGGCAAUGAUGGAAAAAGAGUUCUUUCUGAUGCUUGGGCUCUAGAUACUGCCCAGAAACCAUAUGCCUGGCAGAGGUUGAACCCGGAAGGUGAUAGGCCAUCUGCUCGAAUGUACGCAACGGCUAGUGCGCGGUCAGAUGGCAUGUUUUUGCUUUGUGGUGGAAGAGACUCUUCAGGCGCACCAUUGGCAGACGCAUAUGGGUUGUUGAUGCAUAGAAAUGGUCAGUGGGAGUGGAUUGCACCUGGGGUAUCUCCUUCACCUAGAUAUCAACAUGCUGCAGUUUUUGUUGGUGCACGACUGCAUGUUACAGGAGGUACUCUGAGGGGUGGACGUGCAAUAGAAGGUGAAGCAUCUAUUGCAGUAUUGGACACUGCCGCUGGAGUCUGGCUGGAUAGAAAUGGGCUGGUAACUUCAUCACGGGCAAACAAGGGUCACGCUGACUACGAUUCCUCUUUGGAGCUUAUGCGUCGCUGUCGUCAUGCAGCUGCGUCUGUUGGUGUCCGAAUUUACAUUUAUGGUGGUCUUAGAGGGGAUGUGCUCCUAGAUGAUUUUUUAGUUGCAGAAAAUUCAUCUUUUCAGUCUGAAAUCAGUUCUCCUAUGAUAACAUCUGAGAGGGCAUCUCUUAUAACAAGUUCGAAAGUCAUCCAAUCUAAUAUAAGUUCAUCUACAACAUUACCAUCUUCAGAUGGUGGACUGGAGAAUCCUUCAGCUGGUGGCACGAGCAUGGACAAGAGUUCCAUGGAGAAAUUAAGGGAGGCUUCUGCUGCUGAAGCUGAGGCUGCUAGUGCUGUCUGGCAUGCGGUUCAGACUGCUUCUGCUGAAGACACAUCUGUUUCAGAUGACAACUCACGAGCUACUGAAACAACUUCAGAUGCUAGUGACUAUGAGGCCGAUGUCCGGUUGCAUCCAAGAGCUGUUGUAGUAGCUAAAGAGGCUAUUGGUAACCUUGGUGGGAUGGUGAGGCAAUUGUCUUUGGAUCAAUUUGAAAACGAGAGUAGAAGAAUGAUUCCUUCAAAUGACUUGUCAUAUCCAACCAAGAAGUUCACCAGGCAGAAAUCUCCUCAGGGGUUACACAAGAAGGUCAUUUCAAUUUUACUUAGACCUCGGAAUUGGAAAGCCCCUGCUAAUCGGAGGUUUUUCCUAGAUUCCUAUGAAGUGGGUGAGCUUUGUUAUGCUGCCGAACAGAUCUUUAUGCAUGAACCGACUGUUCUACAGCUUAAAGCUCCGGUUAAGGUGUUUGGUGAUCUUCAUGGACAGUUUGGUGAUUUGAUGAGACUUUUUGAUGAGUAUGGAUUUCCUUCCACAGCUGGAGACAUAACGUAUAUUGAUUACUUGUUUUUGGGAGAUUAUGUUGACCGAGGACAGCACAGCUUGGAGACUAUAACUUUACUUCUCGCUCUCAAGAUUGAAUACCCUGAUAACGUUCACUUAAUACGUGGAAACCAUGAGGCCGCGGAUAUAAAUGCAUUAUUCGGCUUUCGUCUUGAAUGCAUAGAGAGAAUGGGAGAGAGUGAUGGAAUUUGGGCAUGGACACGCUUCAAUCAACUAUUCAACUACCUUCCUCUUGCUGCGUUGAUUGAAAAGAAAAUUAUCUGCAUGCACGGAGGCAUAGGGCGAUCAAUACAGACGGUUGAACAAAUAGAGAAGCUCGAAAGACCCAUUACAAUGGAUGCAGGGUCUAUUAUUUUGAUGGAUCUGCUCUGGUCUGAUCCAACGGAAAAUGAUAGUGUUGAAGGUCUAAGACCAAAUGCUAGAGGGCCCGGUCUUGUCACCUUUGGGCCUGAUCGUGUUACAGAAUUCUGCAAGAGAAACAAAUUACAGCUCAUAAUAAGAGCCCACGAAUGUGUCAUGGACGGAUUUGAACGGUUUGCUCAGGGACAAUUAAUCACUUUAUUCUCUGCCACUAACUAUUGUGGAACCGCAAACAAUGCUGGUGCCAUAUUGGUUAUUGGUAGGGGAUUGGUCGUGGUCCCAAAGUUGAUCCAUCCUUUGCCACCUCCCCUCCAGUCACCCGAAACAUCUCCGGAGCGUAUCAUUGAAGAUACUUGGAUGCAGGAACUUAACAUUCAGAGACCUCCAACUCCAACCCGUGGCCGCCCACAACCUGAUCUAGAUCGUAGCUCACUUGCUUAUAUAUGAAUUAACCUUAUCGCCUUGGUAAUAAGGUUCAGAUUCGGUGUGAUUCUCCAGUAUCCUCAGCGAGCAACAUCUGCAUUUGAAGACAACAAAAUAAUUGCACCAGGACUUUCUAGUUUAUGGAAGAUAUAUGACGUUGGUGUUGCACAGAGCAUAAAACAGUGGUUCUUUUUUUCGACAUUGGGGCCACAUUUAUAUUAUUGUAAUAUAUGUGUGGGUGUAUGUUAGGUUGUAGGAUUCACUGCCCAACAUAGAUUUUACAGGGAGUGUGUUAAUGUUUUAGAAUAAACUGUUGUGUAUGUAAUUUAACCUUGGACUGUUUUACAAAUGACCCUUGUUCCUGUAGGUCCAUUUUAAAAUACAUUGAUAAUGCAUUCUCUUAAAAGAAGUCUGCACUCUCCAAAACCUUUGUAAUAA